GCCUUUCUUUCCAGUCGCGCUGGGAUGUCGACCAAUUGCUAAUCCCGACCCAACCCACCUCACCACCCAAUAAAAGCGCCCAGGUGUGGGCUCGGCUCUCACAUGGCCACGAUGUUCCUCUACCAGCUCCUCAGCUUCUUCUUUGCCACUUCCAAGAAGGAGAAGGAGGAGGAGCGCGGAUCCGGCUACGACCUGUCUCGGUACAAGAGGGGCGACCUCCUGGAGGUACCCCGGACGCUCUUCACGCAUUUUGGCAUCUACCUGGGCAACGGCCGGGUGGCCCACCUCAUCCCGGACAUUCUGCCGGUCGUCACGGGCAACAAGGCGGCCGUGGCCAAGAUGGUGACCAACAACCGCUUGCUUCUGGGCGUGGUGGCCAAAGCGGCCAGCGUGCGAGUGGAUUCGCUGCGCGACUUUGCCUACGGCUCCUCGGUGCUGGUGAACCGCAUGGACGGCGUGUGCAAGCAGCCGCCGCUGGACGCCGACGAGGUGGCCAGGAGGGCCGAGAAGCUGCUGGGGGCGGUCGCCUACAGCCUGCUGUGGUAUAACUGCGAGCACUACGUCAUGUACUGCAGAUACGGCAUGGCCAUCAGCUACCAGACGUACCAGUUCUGCACGACGGUGCGGAAGAUUGUGUGCAGUCGCACCAGCUCAUACGUUACAGCCUUGUGCGGCGCAGUCGUCCUGCUUUACCUCGGCUGUGCCACCCCCAUUACCCUUUUGGCCACACUGCUGCUGUCUUUCACCAUCUGGAUGGCAGCCUAGACAGGCCUGACCCCACCCCCGCCAAAAAAAACUCUUUCAAAAGCCCUGAAUGGAUUUCACAACCCAGUCCCUGAAAAAUACUCUGCAGCCUUGUGAAAAGUUGGAAAAUUCACCAGUUCAUCCCACUGACAGGAAACUGGGUGGACAUGGCAAUCAUAACAUGAACACAUGAAGAAGUCUCAAUGAACCAUGACAGAAAUUGAACAGGAAUUUGGCCAUUUUUGUUUGUAGCAGCCACUUUGAGGGCAAAAAAAGACGGGGGUAUGAAAAAAUUUUACCCGACUCCAGUUUCCGUUGUAUGCAGUACAUAUUAAAUGAACAGAUCGGAA